GGUCCGGUUCCUCGCCCGAGACACGGACACCGAGCCGUGGCCAUUAAAGAGCUGAUGGUGGUGUUCGGCGGAGGGAAUGAAGGGAUUGUGGAUGAACUGCACGUCUAUAACACAGGUAUAUAGGUUGUUAUAAACAAAGAGUUUGUUUUGGCCAUUUCUGUAACUGAUUAUUACUUUGUGUAGCCUGUAGCUCGCUAUGUUGUUUUGUUAGCUAGAUUCUUGCUCUCUCUUCGGCCUAGGAUUGGUGUUAUAUUUAAGUCUAUUUGGCCGUUGGAAUAAUUCAAAGUGUUAACAUAUAGGCAGAGCUCCUUUUAUUCUCGUUUUGCAUCGACUUUUUGACUAAUUGCUCACAGAUACAGUGUUAGCACAGUGGCAUUAGCUUGUCAAGCACUUAGCGGCUAGGCACCCUGGAAAAGAAAAUCUGCAUAAGUGAUCAUCAGCUAACUAGCCGUAAAGAAUGUGCACUAAUUUAAAAUAUACUGUUGAUUUGAGUCUGAUAUGUAGCGUUUGUAGUGGCACUCAGUACUUUGCCAUUUGAUUGCUGAAUAACUCGUUGUAUUUGUCUGUACUGUGAGCUGCUAUGUGUUGUGUAGCGAUGUUGUGUAUAACCAUAUGUGCUAAGUGUUUGUGUUGAAGUGUCAGCUAGCCAGCUAACGCUACAGCACUAGCCAAGCAGCGGAACAGGCACGCCAGGGAAAAAUGCAGAGAAAUGGCGGGUUAAAAGAACGCCUGCUACGUCAUCACAACACACAGGCCCCGCCCAUUCGGUUUCCCGCAUUGCCAUCCACCAAUCAGUGGUUUAUUCCUGCUGUCCGUGGUGACAUUCCUCCUGGCUGCGCUGCAUAUGGAUUUGUGUGCGACGGCACCCGACUCCUUGUUUUCGGGGGCAUGGUUGAAUAUGGAAAGUACAGCAACGAUCUCUAUGAACUACAGGCCAGCAGGUGGGAGUGGAAACGGUUGAAGCCCAAAGCCCCGAAGAAUGGCCCACCACCUUGUCCCCGUCUGGGCCACAGUUUUUCUCUAAUUGGAAACAAAUGCUAUUUGUUUGGUGGACUGGCAAAUGACAGUGAGGAUCCCAAAAACAAUAUUCCAAGAUACCUGAAUGACCUCUAUACACUCGAGCUACGCCCAGGCUCUAACGUAGCAGGCUGGGACAUCCCCAUUACAUACGGCGUGCUGCCCCCUCCUCGAGAGAGCCACACUGCUGUCGUCUACACAGAGAAAACAUCCAAAAAGUCUCGCCUCAUCAUCUACGGUGGCAUGAGUGGCUGCCGUCUUGGAGAUCUGUGGACUUUAGAUAUAGAUACUUUGACCUGGAACAAACCUGCCAUAAGUGGUGCGGCACCGCUGCCUCGCAGUCUCCAUUCUGCCACUACUAUAACCAACAAGAUGUUUGUGUUUGGUGGAUGGGUCCCUCUGGUUAUGGAUGAUGUCAAAGUAGCUACACACGAAAAGGAAUGGAAGUGCACUAACACUUUGGCCUGUUUAAAUCUUGACACAAUGUCGUGGGAAACUAUUUUGAUGGACACUCUAGAGGAUAAUAUCCCAAGGGCCAGAGCUGGACACUGCUCUGUGGCUAUUAACAAUAGACUGUAUGUAUGGAGUGGCAGAGAUGGUUACCGCAAAGCCUGGAACAACCAAGUUUGCUGCAAAGACCUGUGGUACCUGGAGACAGAUCGUCCUCUGCCUCCAUCACGUGUGCAACUGGUCCGUGCCAACACCAACUCUCUGGAGGUGAGCUGGGGGGCAGUGCCCACAGCAGAUACAUACCUGCUACAGCUGCAGAAAUAUGACAUCCCUGCUGCGACAGCUGCCAUGUCUCCGACCGUCAACCCCACUUCGUCCUUGCCCGUCAACUCGCCCAAGAGUCCUGUGCCUGCCUCUGCUGCUCCUGCGGCUCAGAGCAUGCCGCUCUCUGGGGUCACACUGGUGCCACAAGUCCCUUCACCCACUACUUUCAUGCCAGGCAGCCCGAUAGCAGCCUCACCUCGUGGGCCAGCUAUUCUUAAAGUGGCAGCGCCUCAUUCCACACCUGGGACAUCCGUUGUUACUGUACGUCAGGCCAUCCCAGGGUCUAAAUCCCCGGUCACUGUAACAUCACUUCCUGCAGGGGUCCGCAUGGUUGUCCCUGCACAGAGCACCCAGGGCACGCCGAUCGGCAGCAGUCCUCAGAUGAGUGGCAUGGCUGCUUUGGCUGCAGCUGCAGCUGCCACACAGAAGAUCCCGCCCUCUUCCACAACCACUGUGUUAAAUGUUCCUGCAGGAGCCACCCUAGUAAAGACUGUCGCUAUGACUCCAGGAUCCACGACUCUUCCCGCUACCGUCAAAGUAGCUUCUCCUGUUAUGGUUACUAACCCUGCUACCCGAAUGCUAAAAACGGCUGCAGCCCAGGUCGGCACUUCAGCCAUAUCUACUCCCAACACCCCGACUCGCCCCAUCAUCACUGUACACAAAUCGGGCACGGUGACCGUAGCCCAGCAGGCCCAGGUUGUCACCACCAUGGUUGGAGGAGUCACCAAAACUAUAACGCUUGUCAAGAGCCCUAUCACAAUGAGUGGCGGCAGUGCUCUGAUCUCCAGUCUUGGGAAAAUGAUGUCUGUUGUUCAGACCAAACCAGUACAGACUUCUGCAGUGACUGGACAGGCUGGAAGUAGCCCUGUCACACUAAUACAGACAAAGACUCCUCUGCCUGCUGGUACCAUCUUGAAGCUGGUCACAUCUGCAGAUGGCAAGCCCACCACUAUCAUUACAACUACCCAGGCAGGAGGGACUGGCACCAAGCCCACAAUCUUGGGCAUCAGCAGUGUCUCUCCAAACACCACCAAUAAACCAGGCACCACCAUUAUUAAAACCAUUCCCAUGUCUGCCAUUCAACAAGGAGGUGUGUCUGGUAGUCCUGGCAUCAAGUCCCCCAUCACGAUUAUUACCACCAAGAUGGUUACUCCUGGCACUCAAGGCAAAAUCAUAACCGCUGUGCCUAAACUGGCUACAGGGGCAGGACAACAGGGUGUCACACAGGUUGUCCUGAAGGGGGCGCCAGGUCAGCCUGGCACUAUCCUGCGUACUGUUCCAAUGGGUGGAGUUCGUCUUGUUUCACCAGGCACUGUGUCAGCUGGCAAACCAACCGUUACCACAUUGGUCGUCAAGGGCACCACAGGUGUCACAACUCUGGGCACAGUAACUGGUACUGUAACAAGCAGUGUGGCAGGGGGCAAUGUGGUGAGCGCUAACACUAGCCUGGCGACACCUGUCACCAAUCUUGCCUCCAUCGCCACGUUGGCCAGUCAGGUGAUCAAUCCCGCAGCCAUCACUGUAUCUGCUUCCCAGACCAGCCUUGCCACUGCCACAAUGCAGUCGGCAGCCCAACCUACUCAAGUGACUCUGAUCACCACUCCCAGUGGUGCGGAGGCCCAGCCUGCACAGGACUUGCCUGUCUCCAUCCUGGCCUCUCCCACGUCUGAGCAGCCCUCUACCACCAGUGCUGAUGCUGGAGACGGUGCGGGUGACAGUGCUGGUACCGUGACUUUGGUCUGUUCUAACCCUCCAUGUGAAACUCACGAGACUGGAACGACCAAUACGGCUACAACAGCUUCUGCUAAAAUGGGCACCAAACAGGUCUGUUCCAACCCCCCAUGUGAAACUCACGAGACUGGAACGACCAACACGUCUACAACUGCAUCUGCUAAAAUGGGCACUGAACAGGUUUGCUCCAACCCUCCAUGUGAGACACACGUAACGGGCACCACCAACACCGCUACGACUGCCUCUGCCAACAUGGGCAUGGAACAACAGGUGUGCACCAACCCUCCUUCAGAAACACAUGACACGGGCACAACCAACACCGCCACCACUGCCAGCUGCAACAUGGGUUCUAAAGAGAUGGGCACAGUGAACAGCAAGACAGAGGCAUCUUCGUCUGCUGAAUCCUCGGCUUCCGGGUCAGAACCAUCCACGCCUGUCACAGAAAGCAGUGGUGCUUCUGGUGCCAUGCGGCAGGAGAAUCUCCGCACUGGUACCACCAACACCUCCACCACAGCCCGCUCCAACAUGGGCUCUGAUCAGACAGGAACAGUGCAGAGCUCUAACAAAAGUAAAGCUGCCAUCUCUUCCACACUGAUGCCUGUUUCCUCCAACCCUCCCUGCGAGGCGCAGGAUACGGACACCACAAACACGUCCACUGUGUCUGGCGAAGGAGAUGUCCAGCAGGUCUGCUCGAAUCCACCAUGUGAGACACUUGAAACGGGCACGACCAACUCUGCUACACAGUCAACCUCCAGUAUGGGCAGUGGGCAGAGCAAUGUUGUGCAGAGGGUGUGCUCCAAUCCGCCUUGUGAAACCCAUGAAACGGGCACUACCAAUACGCCAACUCGGGUGUCAUCUAUUGGAGCUGGACAGAAUGGCAGCGUACAAAGGGUGUGUUCAAACCCACCCUGUGAAACCCAUGAAACGGGCACUACCAAUACGCCAACUCAGGCGUCAUCAUCUAUUGGAGCUGGACAGAAUGGCAGCGUACAAAGGGUGUGUUCAAACCCACCCUGUGAAACCCAUGAAACGGGCACUACCAAUACGCCAACUCGGGUGUCAUCUAUUGGAGCUGGACAGAAUGGCAGCGUACAAAGGGUGUGUUCAAACCCACCCUGUGAAACCCAUGAAACGGGCACUACCAAUACGCCAACUCAGGCGUCAUCAUCUAUUGGAGCUGGACAGAAUGGCAGCAUACAAAGGGUGUGUUCAAACCCGCCGUGUGAAACCCAUGAAACGGGCACUACCAAUACGCCAACUCGGGUGUCAUCUUCUAUUGGAGCUGAACAGAAUGGCAACGUACGAAGGGUGUGUUCAAACCCGCCCUGUGAAACCCAUGAAACGGGCACUACCAAUACGCCAACUCAGGCGUCAUCUUCUAUUGGAGCUGAACAGAAUGGCAACGUACGAAGGGUGUGUUCAAACCCGCCCUGUGAAACCCAUGAAACGGGCACUACCAAUACGCCAACUCAGGCGUCAUCUUCUAUUGGAGCUGAACAGAAUGGCAGCGUACAAAGGGUGUGUUCAAACCCACCCUGUGAAACCCAUGAAACGGGGACUACCAAUACUUCCACAACUGCGACUAGCAGCUUAGAGACUGGAGAAGGUACAGCUCAACAGGGUGCUGAUGGACAGGGUGACAGUGGCAUCAGCUCAGAACCCACAUCCUCCACAGAACCAGCCAAUCCCACAACACAAAGCAGAGCCUUCACCAUGGUGACACAGGCCACGCCCACUCCAGGACCAUCAGUACCGGAAAUCUCGUCCAUGGCUGGCUCUGCAGUGGUGGCAGAAGUACCGGGAGAGGCGGAAGCCAUGGAGCAGAGCAGCGCUGAGGCUGUAGCAGCUGCAGAAGAGCCCAUGCAGACAGAGUGUCAGGGAGAACUAAGUGAAGAGGGAGCUGUCAGGGUGGUUGCCAUAGAUGAGGGUGCAGCGGGUGAUGAGGGCACCAUGAUACAGGUUCAUGUUGCUAUGGAAGCACAACCCGGCCAAGGAGAUCAGGCUGAGCAGAUGGAGGCUGGUGUGGAGGCAGCAGAAGCGAUGAGUCUUGCUGCGCAGGACUCGGAAGCUCUCGCUCUGCCUCAGGAGCUGAUGUCUGCUGAAGGACAGCAGACGACUCUCAUGGUGACUGGACUGACCCCGGAGGAGCUGGCAGUGACUGCAGCAGCUGAGGCUGCUGCACAGGCUGCAGCUACAGAAGAGGCUCAGGCCCUCGCCAUCCAGGCUGUGCUACAAGCAGCUCAGCAGGCUGUACUCCGUGAAGGGGAUGCAGGUCAGGACGGGCAGCAGUCCACCACCAUCCCUAUAGUUUUGACCCAGCAGGAGCUUGCUGCCUUAGUUCAGCAGCAGCAACAGCUGCAGGAGGCGCAGGCGGCUGCAGCCCAGCAGUUGCGUGCUGAAGCAGCUGCACUGCCCACUGAGGCCUUGGCACCAGCAGACAGCCUCAACGAUCCAGCAUCUGAAAGCAACGGCCAUGAGAUGGCAACCGCUGUUACUGCCACUGUGGCCCGUCUACUUCCUCGCACUUCUGCUGAGACUUUGGCCCCAUCAAGUACUUUUGCUCCAUCUCAGCCGAUGGUGGUCGCCAGCCCUGCCAAGAUUCAAGCAGCCACCGCUCUAGCUGAGGUGGCCAAUGGGAUUGAGUCUGCAGCUGGGAAGCAAGAAGCACCUCCAGCUGUUGUGAAGCCUCCAGUGAAGAAAGAGCAUCAGUGGUUUGAUGUUGGAGUCGUCAAGGUGACAAACAUGGUUGUCACUCACUAUUAUGUGCCGGCAGAUGAUUCACCUGUUACUGAUGAUGAUUCCGGUGCCAUACCAGACUACAGCCGGAUGAAGAAAAUAGAGCUGUCUCCUGGCACUGCUUACAAGUUCCGCGUUGCCGGUAUCAAUGCAUGCGGCCGGGGAACGUUCUCUGAGGUCUCUGCAUUUAAGACCUGUUUACCUGGCUUCCCUGGAGCACCGUGUGCCAUUAAAAUAAGCAAGAGUCCUGAUGGUGCCCACCUGACCUGGGAGCCUCCUUCAGUGACGUCAGGGAAGAUCAUUGAGUACUCCGUGUAUCUGGCCAUCCAGAGCUCACAGACAGUGGAGGCGAAAGCAUCCACUCCGGCUCAGCUCGCCUUCAUGCGGGUGUACUGUGGGCCCAGCCCGUCCUGCCUAGUGCAGUCAUCUAGUCUCUCCAACGCCCACAUUGACUACACCACCAAACCCGCCAUCAUCUUCCGUAUCGCCGCCCGCAAUGAGAAGGGCUAUGGUCCUGCCACGCAAGUCAGGUGGCUACAAGAAACCAGUAAAGAUGGCUCUGCGGCCAAACCGGUUGCAAAGAGACCGGUCUCGUCACCUGAUUUGAAAGGCACUGGUCCAAAGAAGGCCAGAUCUGACCAGUGAGAGCUCACCAUGACCCCUGAACCAUGACUGAACUUCACUUCCUGCUGAAUGAUCUUCCUUUUUCCACUUCUCUCACCCCAUUCCAACCUCAACAGGAAAUGGCAGCCAAAAAUAGAAGUUGAAAAAAGGAACAGAGAAUCCAUUUUUGAAAAGUCAGCACCCAUCACUGGACAUUUCGGUUCCAUGGACGCCUUCUUUCCAACUGUAUUUUUUAUCAAAUCAUAACCUCCCCCAAAGUUAAAAGCACAUACAUUUGCUUUUCCUGACGACUUUUUGUGUAAAAAGAUUCCAGUGGCAGCGUUCGAUCUAGUUAACUAUUAUCAGAUAUUCAUUGUAUUUCCUCCCUCAAUAUUCAUUUAUUUUUAAGCUUAUUUCAAUACAAGCAAUAGAUAACAAUGGGAAAAUACCUUUACUCUUUUGUCAGUUUGUUGAUGUUUUCAUUAUUUGGCAAGGUGGUAUAUUUCAAAGACGACGGGAGCGAUACAAAGGAAUGAAUGCGGACAUGCAACGUCACCGGGAGAUGCAUCAAAAUGCGAAAAGAAAACAAACAGCACUUGGUGAUGCUUUUGAGGGAAAAGACUCAGUUUAUUUGAAAAAUCUGUAAUUAUUCACUCACUGCGAGUCCAGUAGCCUGUCUUACAUCACUGUGUUCAUACAUUUGCUUUGAUGGACAGAAACGAGGACCGUAACGCUGAAGACAAAAGACUUCAAUCCAUGUAGAUGAACGGCAUACUACUUUUGCAUUGUGUUAACUAGAUCUUGUAUAAAGAAAAAAUUCCAAGAAUAGUAAAUGGUGAUACAGGAGUUCUUUGUGUGUGGUUUAUUUUUGUAUUUUUUCUGUGCGCAUUUUUAAACCUCGCACUUCUCCUUAACAUGUUCACCGCUCAUUCCUGUAGUCUCCAUACUCGUGGAAUUGUAAUGUGGUGGCUUGUCUAAGCGCCACUGUUUUUCCCAUCCCAUGUUCAAAAAUGAUUUACACUUUAUUUUGGGAAUUGUACUGUAAAGUGUAUGUAUUCUUUCUGAAAAAUGACCCACACUAAACAAGCUUGAGAAAGCCCCUUCUUUUGUGCAUAAAUUUUUAUUGUUUGGCAUUUAUUAGAGCCUACUGCAGAAAAAGAUGCUUUUAUUUUAAUUUCCCACCGUUAUCCUUUGCCUAGUCUAUAGUUUCUGUAAAUUUACUUUCUGAAGCUGACGUUUUUUUUAUACACUGAUUUGUGAGUUGGUAGAUACGAACUGGGAUUCUUAAAUUGUGCAGCAAAAGUUGAAACCAUUUUCAUUAUCUGCAGACUGCUUUGGACUUGUUUAGGGAUGCAGGCCUGUGUAAAUGCUAAAAUGUUGGAAUUUUAGGAAAAGUUUGACAGGUAUGUCUUUUGUUGAAUGGAAAUUGGAAACGGUCCUGUUUCUAGCGGUUGGAAAGUGUUUAAGACGGGAUUGUUGGACGGGAGUUUGAACUCAGUUGUAAAUUAGUUCUUUCACGUAGUAAAAUGAAAAACUCUUUGCCUUUUUUAUAUAAUUAUCUGUAACAAAAUGUUUUUACAUGUUGUCAUCUAUUGAUUGCUUUUUUUGUCUUGGCAUAUAAAAGUAAUUGAAUUCUG